UAUUUUCAGUAGAUACAGGGUGUCACCCUGCAAGCCAAGAUAGUCUCGAUCUUCUGACCUCGUGAUACGCCCGCCUCGGCCUCCCAAAGUGCUGGGAUUACAGGCGUGAGCCACCGCGCCCGGCCAACGUCAUUUUCUUUUCGGGAGUCCCCUCUGUUAUUUAGCGAGACACACUGCUACAAUGGAGAAAAAAGACGCCUCCUCCUUCAAGCCCUGAGAGCUUCAGGACUUUGGCGAAAAGUCUGCGCCUGAAGCGACCCAGGAAGGAUUCUUGGAAUCGUAGUCCAAAGGCAUCCCGUCUUCUGCGCAGACUCACAAGUCCCUGUGGACGGAAUCCUUGAAGUGUAGUGCCGCUCAGUCCUUCCACCGGAAGUGUCCGAUCGGAAUCAGCCCCGUCCGAGAGGUGAGUCCGGGUUUGGGGACCCAGACGUCCAGCCCCGUUUCCCCCUCCAAACAUCCAGUCCCUCUCAUAUUGCCUUUGAAAUUAGCAGCCUCUGGGUGACUAGACCUUGGACCUCAGAGGAAUCCCGGAGAAAGGUGGAACCAGCUUCGGCGUUGGGAGGGCAGGCGCGCUUACGUAUUUAGUAAGGGUUUGGCGGUCUCCAUAGUGACCUCCGCCGCGCGUGACGUCAUAGUGGAGCGCUGAGAGGGCGUGGUGGCGUGGGGUGGGGGCUGUCCUGCUGAUCCUGAAUUUGGGGUCACUGGUAAGAGGAGUCGCCCAUUCCAGCCAGGUGGAACGGGGAGGGGUGUCAAAUGUCUCGGAUCUGUCAUUGUCUGCCAAAAGAAACUGCUGUGACGACCAUCCCCAGUCCCCUGCUUCCCUUGGGAAGAGUAACUGCCCUUUUGUACGACACUUGGGGACAACCCUGGCUUGUCCUGAAAUUUAUCGACACGGUAAAUAGUAUUUCCUGUGUACCGAGGAUGCAGUGAAACCAACACUGACCUCCUACCCUUGAGAAACACAAGAUGGCUACGGAAUCAAAGAAAGCUGCAGCCCAGAACUCUCCAGAGGAUGAAGGACUUUUGAUAGUGAAGAUAGAAGAGGAAGAAUUUAUCCACAGGCAGGACGCUUGCUUACAGAGAAGUGAACUUCUUAAGCAGGAGCUCUGCAGGCAGCUUUUUAGGCAGUUCUGCUACCAGGAUUCUCCUGGACCUCGUGAGGCACUGAGCCAGCUCCGGGAGCUCUGUUGUCAGUGGUUGAAGCCGGAGAUCCAUACCAAGGAACAUAUUCUGGAACUGCUGGUGCUGGAGCAGUUCUUGACCAUCCUGCCAGGAGAUUUGCAGGCCUGGGUGCAUGAACAUUACCCAGAGAGUGGAGAGGAGGCAGUGACCAUAGUGGAAGAUUUGGAAAGAGGCACUGAUAAAGCAGUACUCCAGGUUCAAGCCCAUGAACAUGGAAAAGAAAUAUUCAGGAAAAAAGUGUCACCACCUGGACCAGCACUUAGUGUCCAGUUACAGCCAGUGGAAACCAAGGCCCAUUUUGAUUCAUCAGAACCCCAGCUCCUAUGGGACUGUGAUAAUGAGAGUGAAAACAGUAGAUCCAUGCCAAAGCUGGAAAUUUUUGAAAAAAUUGAAUCACAGAGAAUUACAUCUGGAAGAAUCUCAGGAUACGUAUCAGAAGCAUCUGGUGAAUCUCAAGACAUCUGUAAGUCUGCAGGCAGGGUAAAGAGGCAAUGGGAAAAAGAAUCAGGGGAGUCUCAGAGACUGUCAUCUGCCCAGGAUGAAGGUUUUGGUAAAAUCCUCGCCCACAAAAAUACAGUCAGAGGUGAAACAAUAAGCCAUGAUGGAUGUGAGAGGAGAUUAAAUCUGAACUCAAAUGAAUUCACACAUCAGAAAUCUUGUAAACAUGAUACCUGUGACCAGAGCUUCAAAUGGAACUCAGAUUUUAUUAACCCUCAAAGAAUUUAUGCUGGAGAAAAAAUUCACCAAUAUGGAAAAUCUUUCAAGAGUCCAAAACUUGCUAAACAUGCAGCAGUUUUCAGUGCAGAUAAAACUCAUCAGUGUAAUGAAUGUGGGAAAGCUUUCAGGCACAGCUCAAAACUUGCUAGGCAUCAGAGAAUCCACACUGGAGAGAGACACUAUGAAUGUAAUGAAUGUGGGAAGAGCUUUGCAGAGAGCUCAGAUCUUACUAGACAUCGGCGAAUUCACACUGGGGAAAGACCCUUUGGGUGCAAAGAAUGUGGGAGAGCAUUCAACCUGAACUCACAUCUUAUCCGGCAUCAGAGAAUUCACACCAGAGAGAAACCCUAUGAGUGUAGUGAAUGUGGGAAAACCUUCCGAGUGAGCUCACAUCUUAUUCGACACUUUAGAAUUCACACUGGAGAAAAACCCUAUGAAUGCAGUGAGUGUGGAAGAGCCUUCAGUCGGAGCUCAAACCUUAGCCAACACCAGAGAAUUCACAUGAGGGAAAACCUAUUAAUGUAAGGGACUUAAAUUUGUAUGUAAAUGCUGAGGAAAUGACACAAUAUGAAAAAUAUUAAAUAAAAAAUAAAUAUUGGGCAAGAUGAAAGACUGAAA